AUGAAUUUUCUAUUAGAUUUAAUAGAAUGUGAAUCUGACAUAAAAUCAUGUAAUGAAGAACAAGAAAUUCAUCUUCCUCAAUCUAAUUUUCUUUUACCUGUUCAUAUACGUCAAAUAGAAAAAUCUUCGGAGAAUAAUUGUAUUCCUUUACUUAAUCAAUGGAACUUAACUGAUUCAAAUGAUGAUAUAUCAUUGACUUAUUUGCAAAAUUUUUAUCGUAUUUGUCCAACAAUUAAUAAUAAUGAAACUAAUUCACCAAAACUUCAGUUUAUUCACAUUCCAUCUAUUGAGCGACAAACAGAAUUAUUUCAACAAUAUACAAAUGAUGAUUUAAAUUUUGAUGUUCAAUCAACAAUUGACUGGCAGAUAAUGUUUCAAUGUUUACAAGACUAUCGAAAAAAGGCAAUAGAACAACAUCAAUAUGAACAAUUACCUUGGACAGAAAUUUAUCGUCCACGAAACUCAAAAACUUAUCUUGGUAAUCAUACAAAACAAAUUCGACGUUUAAAUGAAUGGUUUUUGUAUUGGACAAAAAAAUUACGUAAUGAACCAUCGAAAAAAACUACACGCAAAGGACGAAAACGAGGACGAGAUUAUGAUGAUAAUUCCGAUGAAGAUUUUAUCAGCGAUUCUAAUACGGCAUAUCAUAACCGUUGUCAAUUCAAACAAGAAUAUCCACAAAUAAUUUUUAUUCAUGGAUGUGGAACAACAUCACUUGUACAUGCACUUGCAGAAGAACAUAAUUUUAAAAUAACUGAAAUCAAUGGAACUCAAUCUCGUGCACGUACAUCAUUACUUAAACAAUUAGAACAAGUCACUAGUCAUCAUUAUCUAUCAUUAAAACGUUGUUCGUCAGAUACGAUAAUAUCAAAAGAAGAUAAAUCAAAAGAAAAGAUUUCCUUACCUGUAAAGAAAAAAGCAAAAAAUGAACGUGGUACAAUAAUGUCAUUUUUUAAUAAUAAAAAAAAUGAUCAUAAUGAUGAACGUAAAGAAAAUCAAUCAUGUAAUCGAUCAAAAUCAACAACAAAAUUAAAAACUAUAACAACAAGACAAAACAAAAUACAACAACAAUCUAUUGCAACUGAUAAUAAUUUAGUAUCAUCUGUUCAUGUCGAAAAAACAUCUUUAAUACUCUUUGAUGAGAUUGAAACAUUAACAACCGAUGAUAAUUUUUGGUCAUGUUUAAAAAAAAUUCUUGAAACAGCUAAAAAACCAAUUAUACUUACAUCAAAUAGUAGAAGUAAUCCCGAAGAUGCUAUGAUUAAUUUAUCUAAACUAGGAGAUUAUGAAAUGAUCCAUCUCGAACCAAAUGAACCUAAACAUAUUUAUUGUUUUCUUCGAUUAAUACUACUGGUUGAAAUGCUUGAAAUAUCUUCAUUUGAUGAUUUAGUAUCACUUUGUCAAUCAUGUUCAUAUGAUUUACGUCGAAUUUUAUUAACACUUCAAUUUCUUGCUCAAUCAUCAACAAUUUCUACAUCAUCAAUAGAUAAAAGCUUAAUAAAUAACAAUAAACCAAAAUUACAAUCGUCACGUAUAUUUGAUACAAUAUAUUAUUCUUAUCUUUGUGAACAAUGGAAUGAAUCAAUACUUAAAACACAUUUUGAUAAUCUUACUAUAAAAUAUACAUCGGAAUAUGAACAAUCUCAUUGUUUAUUAGCAAAUCAUAGUAAAAAUGAUUCUAAACGAAUUGAAUUGUAUGAUACGUUUAAAAUUUUUAUGCAAGAACAAGAGGUUGAUAAUAUCACUAAUCGUUCAGCAUUUUAUCUUGAUUAUCGACCAUAUAUAAGACAAAUUUGUCAAAAUGAACAAACUCGUGCUGUUGAAUCGAAUUCCAGAAGACGUCUUCGACAUUGUCUUGGCUUUCGUGGUUGUUCAUUACAAUGGUCCGACUUUGCAAUUCUAUCGGGUGGUCUUGAUUAA